UUCAACUGCCAUAUUUCAUUUCUCAGCGAUGUCUUACAAGGAAGGGGAGCGUAUCUUUGUUAGAGGUUUGCAUUGGGAAACCACGAAACGAGAGCUCGUUGUUUCGUUUAGCCGAUUUGGCAAGGUUUUGGACUUGUAUAAUAUGGUUGAAAGAGAUACAGGGAGGUCUCGUGGAUUUGGAUUUGUGACUUUUGCUUACAUACGUGCAAUGGAGGAUGUUAUCAGGAAGAUGCACAAUAAAGGACUGAAUUGUCGACAAAUAUCAGUCAAUAAGGCCAAGCCCAAUGUGGGUUCGGAUGAUUCAGGCUACAGUUAUAGUCGUGGUGGCUACUCAUCUAGUGGAGCAAAUGGAGUAAAAUUCUCUUCUCGCUCUAGAACUGAUAGAGGUGAAAAAGGAAACUACCGGACAAAUCUGAUGGUAGCAAAGAACAAGAGAAAGAUAAGGGUAGUCUUUACAGAUGAGGAUCACGAGUUACUAGAGAUGUUGAAGAAGCAGAUAACGGUAGGUAAUGUGACUGAUGAUGCAUCCACCUUAUCGUCAUCCAAGAAAAACAUUGACAGUUAUGUCCACUCAGCCAAAGAUACUCAUGAUACACAUGCUCUCAUCUUUAUAUCCACCACAAGAUCACCCUGGUGCAUCUCGACAUGUGACAGGUGUCGCUAGUGAGUUUUUAUCAUAUACUAA